AUGAGUGCGCCCCUGUUGACGUGUCGUCCAGAUGAGUUCCAGUGCGGCGACGGCUCCUGUAUCCACGGCACCAAGCAGUGCAACAAGGUCCACGACUGCCCCGACCACAGCGACGAGAGCGGCUGUGUCAACGCCACUAGGUGUGAGGGCCCGCUGAAGUUCCUCUGUAAGAACGGGGAGUGCAUCGACAGCAGCAAGGUGUGUGACUCUGUGAAGAACUGCAAGGACCGUUCAGACGAGCCAAAGAAAGAGUGUGGGUUGAACGAGUGCCUGAUUAACAACGGCGGCUGCUCCCACAUCUGCACGGAUCGACCAAUCGGCUUCGAGUGCCAGUGUCCCGCUGGGUACCAGCUGCUGGACAAGAAGACUUGUGGAGACAUUAAUGAGUGUGAAGACCCGGCAGCGUGCAGCCAGAUGUGUGUCAACUACAAGGGGGACUUCAAGUGUGAGUGCUACGAGGGCUACGAGAUCGACCCCGUCACCAAGACCUGCAAGGCCGAGGGGAAGAGUGCGUACCUGUUGGUCACCAACCGCCACGAGAUCCGCCGCAUCGACCCGGUGAAGCGCGAGUACACCCAGGUGGUCUCCACCCAGAAGAACGCCGUGGCUCUCGACGUGGACGUGGCCAACAACCGCAUCUUCUGGUCCGACCGCUUCCACCGCAAGAUCUACAGCGCCUUCAUCCAGGAGGCCAGUGAGCCCAGCCAGCAGGUGCCCCUGCUGCAGGCCUCUCUCCAGGCCCCGGUGGGGCUGGCUCUGGACUGGCUGCAGCACAACCUGUACUGGACGGACGCCGGCCACAAGACGCUGUCCGUGGCCUCGGUGGACGGCGCCCGCCGCCGCGUCCUGGUCUCCACCGAGCUCAGCGAGCCGCGCGCCGUCGUCCUGGACCCCCACAACGGGUUCAUGUACUGGUCGGAUUGGGGAACGCCGGCCAAGAUAGAGAAGUCUGGGAUGAACGGCGUGGACCGGCAGGUGCUGGUGAACAGCCACAUCGAGUGGCCCAACGGCAUCUCUCUGGACGUGGCUAACAGGCGUCUCUACUGGGUGGACUCCAAGCUGCACCUGAUCGCCAGCGUGGAUCUGAACGGAGCGCACCGCCGCACGCACCUGGCCUCCGCCCAGACGCUGGGCCAGCCCUACGCCCUGGCCGUGUUCGAGGACCGUAUCUAUUGGACGGACAGGGAGAAGGAGGCCGUCUUCUCAGCCAAUCGGCUGACAGGACAGGACAUCCAGGCUCUGGCUGAGCACCUCAACGACCCCCUUGACAUCGUGGUGUUCCACCAGCUCCGUCAGCCCCCAGGCCCAGACAGCUGUAACCUGGGCAGUGUGGCCAACGGCGGCUGCGAGUACCUGUGUCUGAAGGCGCCGCAGAUCACGGAGCACUCCCCCAAGUACACCUGCGCCUGCCCCGACGGCCAGGAGCUGGGCGCCCACAUGCGCCGCUGCGUUCCAGCUGGAGGAGAGGGUUUCAUCAUGGGGGAGAACCUGACUGUGGCUGUGCUGGGGGUUGUAAUCCCCAUAGUGGUGUUCGGGCUGCUGUGCGCCGGCCUGUACGUGGCGUGGCGUAACUACCGCCGCCACGCCACCAAGAGCAUGAACUUCGACAACCCGGUGUACCGCAAGACCACCGGGGAGGGCGAGGACGACGAGAUCCACAUCGGGCGGGCCGACGCCAUGACGCAGCACGGCCAGCAGCAGCACCACCACCACCACCACCACCACCACCCGUACCCGCCCGGCGUGGGCAUGGGCGUCAUGGCGACCGGCGGGAGCGUGGGCGGCGGCAGCGGCGGCGGCGUGGUGGGCGGGGGCGGCGGGGGCACCUGCCCGCAGUUCAUCACGCUGCCCCUAGGGGGCGGCAUGGCGGACCCGGGGACCCACUGGUACACGGAGCAGCCCAUGCUCUCCCCGUCAUCCAAGUGA